AUGGAGCACCUCGCCACUCGCAUCAUCAAAAUCAUCCUUCUCUUCCUGCUCCUCCUCGUCAUCCUUAUCAUCAUCCUCCUCCUCCUCCUCCUCGUCGUCGUCGUCGUCGUCGCGCCCGCGCCCGCGAGGCUGCUGAUGGAGCACCUCGAGGACUGGCACGACAUCCUGCAGGUCUCCGUGGGCCCCGAGGGGCUGCCGGUGGCCCUCUCGUACCGGGUGCGCCACACGCUCGGCCUGUCCCUCUUCGACCACACCCAGGUCCACCUCUCCGAGUCGAGCGCCGCCGACGGGCCUCGCGUGCCCCCGCGGGUGCAGACGCCCGACGGCAAGGGCGGCCCGGGCGAACAGCCGGCGCCCUCGUUCCUGGGCAAGUAUUGGUGG